CGAACUUUAUAUCUGAACUCUUGAGUUAAACCCUCCUCACGAAGCAAGCACAAAACCUUGAACUCGUGGAGUGUCAACUCACCUUGACGAAACGAGUCAACUCAGUAGAUCAUACGAUUCACGGUCACACCUAUGGCGAUAAUCUCCGACUUCCAAGAAGAACAAGACAACGCUAAGCCAUCGUCGUCUUCGGCGAGGACGGCAUCGUUUAGUGCGAACUUGGAUCCGUCGAGGCCGCUAGGGUUUUUGGAGAAAGUUUUCGAGUUUCUCGGCGAGGAGAGCGACUUCCUGGAGAGGGAUACGGCGGCGGAGGAGAUCGUCGCAGUGGUGAAGGUGGCGAAGGAGAAGAAGAAGGUCAAGAAGGCGGAGGCGGAGGAGAAGGCGGCGAUGGAGGUGGAGAAGAAGGAAAAGGCGAUGGAGGUCGAGAAGAAGAAAAAGGCGAUGGAGGUGGAGGAGAAGGUGGAGGCGAUGGAGGUGGAGAAGACGGAGGAGGGGAAGAGUGGUUUAAGAGUUCCAAAUGCAGGCAAUGGACUUGAUCUGGACAAUUACUCAUGGACACAGACGCUGCAAGAGGUCACUUUAAAUGUUCCGGUGCCUACUGGAACUAAAGGAAGAUUUGUUGUAUGUGAUAUAAAGAAGAACCAUCUCAAAGUAGGACUCAAGGGCCAGCCUCCCAUAAUUGAGGGGGAGCUUUAUCGGCCUAUCAAGCCUGAUGAUUGUUAUUGGAGCAUAGAGGAUCAGAAUUCAAUCUCUAUUCUUUUAACCAAGCACGACCAAAUGGAGUGGUGGAAAUCUGUUGUGAAAGGUGAUCCUGAAGUCGAUACUCAAAAAGUUGAACCUGAGUCCAGCAAACUAUCUGACCUGGAUGCAGAGACACGGCAGACUGUUGAAAAGAUGAUGUUCGAUCAGAGGCAGAAGUCUAUGGGCCGCCCAACUAGUGAUGAGAUGCAGAAACAGGAGAUUCUGAAGAAAUUCAUGGCUGAGCAUCCGGAGAUGGACUUUUCAAAUGCAAAGAUAGCAUAAUGGGACUGUUUCUGUCGGUGAUCCUUUUUGGCUGACCUAUCACAUAGUUUGGGCUUUUGGGAAUUUUGGGCGGGUUUUGUUGUGUUUGAGGGGUCAAGAGUGGUUGAACUUUGUUCAUAUUGAGAUGUUGGAUCAAGUUAUAAACUAGCAUAAUCCUUUACAAGAUGGAAAUUAGUUAAUGUUAACUCUCUGCUGGUUGGUGUUUUGCGAA